CAUACAAGAGAGCUCAUCUACCGCCACCAUUUUAUUUCGCUUUGAAGUAGCCCUCGCCAUACCAUUAUUUCAUAUAUGAGAAGUGAACAAACACCAUUUUUUCUUGUGAAUAAACUUGGUUAAUUAAAUUAAGAUAGUAAAUUCUUACCAAAUUAAAAAUGAUUAAGACAGAAAAUAUUUAUCAAGCGGCCCAUAAACCUGAGGAGCACCAAAAUGGUGGAGAGGUAGAAGUUGAUCACCUUCGCAAAAUGUUUAUUGGAGGUUUGUCAGCAGUAACAACUGAAGAGUCUCUCCGGAGUUUUUAUAAGCAAUGGGGCGACGUAGUUGAUGCUAUAGUUAUGCGUGAUCCAGCAACAAAGCGUUCCCGCGGAUUUGGAUUUAUUACUUAUUCUGACACGUUUAUGGUAGAUCGAGCGCAAGCGGCUCGUCCACACGUAAUUGACGGCAAGCAAGUAGAUUCGAAGCGUGCAUUACCUAAACCUGAAUUAGGUAAACCAGAAGCUAGUACAACGGUGAAAAAAAUAUUUGUAGGAGGUUUAAAAGAAAAUCAUGAUGAACAGGCUUUAACAGAACAUUUCUCACAAUUUGGCAAUGUGGUUGGAGUUAAAAUUUUAACAGACAAAACCACCGGACGCAAACGUGGUUUUGCGUUUGUGGAGUUUGAUGACUACGAUGCCGUAGACAAAGCAGUUUUACAUAAAAAUCACACAAUUAAGUAUGUGUUGGUUGAUGUAAAAAAAUCUGUUUACAAACAAGAGUUAGCCAAGAAACGAGCCACUCAAGCACAGCAAGCAGGUGUACCACCAGGUGCAGCACCUGCAAACGGGUAUCAACAACCGGCAGCUCCGUAUGCCCAACAGCCUGCUUAUGGCUAUCCACCACAGAUGGGUCCACCGGCAUAUAAUGGAUGGGGCGGUUAUCCUCAAGCUGCACCUCCCGCUGCUUAUCAACAACCUCCACCAGCAGCUCCCGUUGCUGGAUACGGUGCUUAUACAGCGCCGCCGCAAAACGGUGCAGCUCCAGGUUGGGGUGCACCCGCCGCAUAUCCUGCUCCUACCGCUUGGCCUCAAAAUGGGUAUGCAGCGGCUCCCCCUGCCGCUGCCCCAGUACCACCACCUACAGCUGCACCUGCUGCUGCACCAACCGUAAAUAGUUGGAAUGGAGCCGCCGCCGCACCUACUGCAGCUGCUCCACAAAAUUUUGGUGAUUACCAACAGUCAUAUAACGGUGGCCCUCAAAAGGCCGGCAGCUUACAAGGAAACCGAAUGAACCCUUAUAGUGUGUCGUCGGCGCCUAGUUAUGGUUCAACCGCUUCAACCGGUUACCUGAAUAUGUCCAAUACGACGGUUAAAAGCUCGUCAGUGAACACUGGCUACAAAACGCAAUCUUACGUUUCUCAGACCAAGCGUUCUUAUUAAAUUAUACGCUUACAAGAGAAUAUAUCUGCAACAAGUCAAGUCGGUACAGUAGAAAGUGUAUUUUAAAAAUUCCAUCGACAUACUAUUAUGUAAGCUUGCUACAGCAGGCAUUUAAGAUGUAUGCUUAUACAUAACAUUAAUGUACUACUACAUAGAUAACCAGAAUUAUUUUAAGAGAAACAAUUUAAAAAACAAAACAACCCAAUCCAACCCCAAGAAAGAAAGAUUUACAUAAAAUGCACUACGUACAUUACAUAGAGCAAAACAAAAGAACAAAACGCACUUCAUUAAGGAUGAUUUCCGAUAUUUAUAGUAAUUAAUAUAUGAACAUAUGUAUUUUAAAGCAAAUAUCUUAAAUAAUACAUUCGCUGCUAUGUACACAUUUAUUAUAUAGCGUCCAAAAAUUAUAUAGUAGAUCGCUUAUCUAGAUGAUACUUAAUAUCGGAUAAAUAUUUCCAUAAAAGUCAGCGUGCUAACGUUUUGGUAAUAAAAAAAAGUAACAACAAAUACUGAGGCAAUGCAGUUCAAAAGCGACGAAAAAAAUAUUUGAACGUAUUCAGCACAACUUGGAUCCAAAUUGCAAACAGCAAUUAGAAACUCACCUGCAUUGAAACAAAUAUAGACAUUGGUUCAUAGAUUAAGAGACUUAUUUAAUAUUUCAGCACAGCUGUAAAAGCGCUUUAGAACUAGCAUGAAGUAGAAAACAGUUAUAACGAGAGGAAUAAUUGCUGUUGUACUUUGCGUUGCAAAUGAAUUUUGUAGGGUUUUGUUUUAUUUUAUUUUGCUUUGUAUUUCUUUUUUUUUACAUUGAACUAAUAUAAGAGAACUGAACUAUUUGUUUAACAUCCAUGACAAAGAAGUUUUAGUUUAUAAAGAGUUAACAGCCUUUACUUUUGGCACUUUAGAAUUCCAAAGUGUAUGUUUUCUUUCCUUUUCUAUUAACACUUGCAAUAUUUUAAAUUAUAAUGCAGAAAAAGUUCGCUUAUAGUGACUGCAAAAUUAAAAAAAAAAAAAAA